GUCUAUGUGUGACUCUACAUGUUUCCAAGCGCUAUGUGUCGCCCUCCCCCCUCUUAGCGCAACGUGCUUCCUGCUCCAAAAUGGCGGCGGAGGCCGUUCCGCUUCCGGGUGGCGCGGUCAGGCCGGGCUUGAGGAAGAUGGCGGUAGCAGCCGGAGAGUCCGGGUGGGGAGACCGAGGGCUAGUGUGCGCCUUCUUGCCACGGGCGUUAGGUCUCUUCUUGCUGCUGGCAUGGGCGCCUCGGCUGGGCGCCGGGACCACUCACUGGGUGGUCACCGAGGACGGCAAGAUCCAGCAGCAGGUUGACUCACCAAUGAACUUGAAACAUCCUCAUGAUUUAGUAAUACUAAUGAGACAGGAGACAACUGUUAACUACCUCAAAGAGCUGGAGAAACAAUUAGUUGCUCAAAAGAUCCAUAUAGAAGAGAAUGAAGACCGAGACACAGGACUGGAGCAAAGACAUAACAAGGAAGAUCCUGACUGCAUUAAAGCUAAGGUGCCGUUGGGGGAUUUGGAUCUCUAUGAUGGCACAUACAUCACCUUAGAGAGCAAAGAUAUCAGUCCUGAAGACCAUGUAGACACAAAAUCUCCUUUACCUCCAGACCUAGAACAACCAGAAUGUACAAAAAUUCUAGAUCUUCCAUAUAGCAUUCAUGCUUUCCAACACUUAAGGGGUAUUCAAGAAAGAGUUAAUCUUUCAGCACCAUUGUUACCCAAAGAAGAUCCGAUAUUGACUUAUUUAUCAAGACAGCUGGGAAGAAACAUCGAGGAAAUAGGCCAUCGAAUUUAUGAAGGCCUUAUGAAGAAUUCUUCUUCUUGGGUAUUGUAUAAUAUGGCUUCCUUUUAUUGGCGAAUAAAAAAUGAACCAUAUCAGGUUGUGGAGUGUGCCAUGAGGGCUCUCCAUUUUUCUACAAGGCACAAUAAAGACGUUGCACUGAUAAACCUGGCAAAUGUGUUACACAGGGCACACUUCUCUGCUGAUGCAGCCAUCGUAGUCCAUGCAGCUCUGGAUUACAGUGAUGUCUUCACAAGCUACUAUACUUUAGGAAACAUAUAUGCAAUGCUUGGGGAAUACAACCACUCUGUUCUGUGUUAUGAUCAUGCUUUACAAGCCAAACCAGGGUUUGAGCAAGCAGUUAAAAGGAAGCAUGCUGUCUUAUGUCAGCAAAAGCUUGAGCAGAAACUGGAGGCUCAACACCGGUCACUCCAGCGAACAUUAAAUGAAUUGAAGGAAUACCAAAAACAGCAUGACCACUACUUGAGGCAGCAGGAGAUCUUAGAAAAGUACAAGCUGAUUCAGGAGGAGCAGAUCCUGAGGAACAUUAUCCAUGAGACACAGAUGGCGAAAGAGGCACAACUAGGCAACCAUCAGAUUUGUCGCCUGGGCAACCAGCAGCACAGUUUGCAUUGCCAGUGGGACCAACCUGUCCGUUAUCAUCGUGGUGACCUGUUUGAAAAUGUUGAAUACGUUGAGUUUGGUGGUGACUCUUCAAUUUCUGGCAUGACAUCCAUGAAUUCUGAACUUCAUACCAACCACAGUGACCUCAGCAACACCAUGGAGUCUUCCCCUUUGGUUCAUUCCGUCUUCUCAUUAUGGGGCCUGAACUCUGAUGCCUAUAGGGAUAAGCAGAGCAUUAUGUGGCCAAAAAGAUCUGAUUGUGUCAAAUCCUAUCCAGUAAUCCCUUCCCCAGAAGAACUACCAACCUAUUUCUUGCAUCCAGAAAACAAGGGACAGAUGAUCCAUUCAGUAAGCAGUCCAAGGGAGAUCCAUGCCCAAACAGAUGUCUAUGAACCAGAUUGUUCUUCCAUUACUGAGCCCUAUAACGGUGACACUACAUACUCGUUAAUCAAAGAGUUAGACAGUCAUCUAGAUCUGAGAGUGAAGAUGCCAGAUGAUCAUGCAAAAGACAUUUUAUACUCUCGUGUGAACAAUCAAUCAGUUACACAACAGCAAAUAGGAUCAUUCAUCCAUUACGCCAUUGUAAAGGCAAGGGAUCCCUUAUGGCUUCUACUCAAUGAGGCUGGUCUUUACUGGCGUGCAUUUGGAAAUGGCACCUUUGCCCUUACUUGCUUACGAAAGGCAUUUAACUUGACCCCACAUGAAUUCAAAGAUAUUCCUUUAGUCAAUCUAGCAAACCUUCUGAUUCAUUAUGGCCUUCACCUGGAUGCCAGCAAACUUCUGCGAAAAGCUUUAACUAUCAGUGACUCUGAGCCUCUGACUUUCUUGAGCUUGGGAAAUGCCUAUUUGGCUCUGAAGAAUGUCAGUGAGGCAUUGCAGGCUUUCAGACGUGCCUUGGAUAUUGCUACAAACUGUCUGGAGUGUGAGAAGAACCUGAAGCUGAUCCGUUGUUUGCAGUUCUACCCAUUUCUCUACAACAUCACCUCUUCUUCCUGUAGUGGUCAUUGUCAUGAAGAGAGUCAAGAUGACAGCCAUAGCAAGCAAAAAUACUUUGACGUACAGGAGUCUGAGAUCAUAUCAGUGGAAGAAAAUCUUGAGACACCUGCUGAAGAUGAUUCAACAGAUCUUGUUCGUAGUUCUUCAAGGGAUUCACCUUCCUUAACUUUAGAAAAACAGGCCACUGGAUGGAGUCAGAGACCUUGCUGUGAAUACUUGUUAGUGAAGAACAACAGUUCAGGCACUGUUAUUGCUGAAAGCAAUGGAUCAGAAGAAGUGGAAAGUUUUGGAGAUGCUCAGAUGUCUGAAGAGAUGCUGGCCUUAGUUGAUGAGUUUGAGAACUCUUGGCCCCUUGAAGCCUUUGAAGGUGCUCUGGAAGUGAAAGGCCAUCGAAUGGACCUGCAAGGCAUUCGUGUACUCAAGAAAGGUUCUCCAGACGGACUUGCAAGCUCCUGUUUUGGAGACUGUGGAGAUGAUGAUGACGAAACUGAAUGGAUUACAUUCCAAGUCAAACGUGUAAAGAAACCCAAAACAGAGAACUUGGAUCAGCAAGAGCCUGCUGGAAGAAAUGGAGAAGAAGGACUAAAUGGAGAAAACGAGAACCUUUACCAAAUGGCACUAGAGAUCAGUGGGCCCAAAAUACCAUCCCCUGGACCACCAGGAAGCAGGAGAGACUAUCGCAGCUUGGGCUGGCCAAGUCCUGAUGAAUGCAUCAAACUCCGCAGAGUAGAGCUUACUACUGUAGCCAGCACAUGGCUAGCUGUUUCUGCUAAAAAUAUUGACAUUACAGAACACAUAGACUUCGGCACUCCACUGCAAGAACCAGCCAUGGAGCCUCUUUGCAAUGCCAACUUACCUGCCAGUAUGCAUACCCUGGAUCACCUCCAGGGAGUUGCCAAUCGGGCCAGCCUUCAUUAUGUGGGAGAGAGUCAGCUGAAAGAGGUGUUGCAGAAUCUUGGGAAAGACCACUAUGCACCACAGUCACUAGAACAAGUUGGUACUCGAAUAGCCAAAGUUCUGGAAAAAAAUCAAACCUCUUGGGUCCUUUCCAGCAUGGCAGCCCUCUACUGGAGGGUAAAAGGUCAAGGGAAGAAAGCAAUUGACUGCCUCCGGCAAGCCUUACAUCAUACACCCUAUCACAUGAAGGAUGUGCCACUCAUAAGCCUAGCAAACAUCUUCCACAAUGCAAAGCUUUGGAAUGAUGCCAUUGUUGUGGCCACCAUGGCGGUAGAAAUUGCCCCGCACUUUGUUGUCAAUCAUUUCACAUUGGCAAACGUCUAUUUAGCUAUGGAGGAGUUUGAGAAAGCCAUGAUAUGGUAUGAAUCAACACUGAAACUCCAGCCUGAAUUUGCACCAGCAAAGAAUCGAAUCCGUGCCAUUCAGUGCCAUUUACUCAUGAAAAAAGAAAGACAUUCUCCUUAAGGAUCACAGCCUUCUCCCUUUUUUCCUGAUUUAUUUCAUCCUAAAGCAAUGAAAUCAUUUUUCACUAUUAUGCUUGUAAUGAGGUGUGGUAAUAUAAAUGGGGAAUCCAUGAUUUCCACUAAGGAUUGGGGGGUUCUUUUUAUUAUUCAGAAACCAAAAGUCUCUUUGGGGGGGGGAGUGUUACAGAAAACAGAAACUUGCAUUCAUCUGUAUAAUAAGAUUGUGAUCCCCAGAACAUGCCCUACUACAUACCUGUGACCCCAAACACUUAGAUUUUCCAUAUUACUCAAUUUGAUGCCAGCAUAGAAUGUAACCUGCUUCUUGUCUUAGCAUAUCUAUGAAAAUGCAAAGCACAUCAUUGCACCAGACACUGUACGUAGCAAGAAGCCAUAAUUAGCUUUUCAUUCAUCAGGAACUCAUGUUCUACCACCUCACUUAGACCAUUUUGCAGCAUUAUGAGCUCGGCAGUAGCUUAUGAGAUAAGAAUGCAGGUGGUUGUAGACCGUUUUGAAUGUGUCUUAACAAGACAAAGCCAUUUUAUUUACUGUUGAUUCCACAAGGAAUGAGUGGAAAGAAAUUGUGGGAAACUAUAUCCCAUGUGAAAUCAACGUAUUUGGGCUACAGGAAGAAAAGGAAGACAAAACAAAAUGUUACUUCAGAGAUUUUAUAUCUAUAUACAGUAUAUCUGACAUCCUCUGCAGCCCUUUGCCAGUCUUUAUUAACAAUUUUUUUACCAACUGAAUGUAAGAUGGUGAAAAUGUUAAAGACAUGUGCAGACAUGUUCUUUCUCUGUGUGUGUCGAUGAAUGCUAGAAGACGUAGGAGGAAUUUAGCAAAUAUGACAAAUGGUUUGUUUCCAAAUCAGCAUCCACCCAGGUCAGUAAAGGAACCUGAAUCAAAUCAACAAGGGCACGUAACCUGGAACAAAAAUAAACAGUUACGUUAA